UUGUCCCAAUGCAACAAUACAUAUACGUAAUGAUAACUACAGAUACAAAAGAAUGCAGAAAAAUGGAGGGGAAGAACGGGAAGCAACCUAUAUUAACCUUGUAGAUUGUUAUAGUAAUAAUAGGUUAAGCUUUGUCAGUGUGCCAUGUGUUACCCAGUUUCCCCUAGAGCAACAACGUUAAUAUAUGUUUGAUGAAACGUGAUUAUGUGCAUGAGUGUAUGUAUGCAUAUGUACUUGUAUAUGUACAGAAUGUGUAUAUGUAUGUUUGUACAGUGAAUGCAUAUGUACAGUAUGUGUAUGUGUAUGUUUGUACAGUGAAUGUGCGUGUGGAUGUACGAACUUUGAGUAUGUAGGUAUGUACUGUAUUUGUGUAUGUAUGUGGGAGCGUAGGUAUCUAUGUAUGUAUUGUAUGUAUGUAUGAAUAACGGUAUGUAUGUGAGUAUAUGUGUAUUUGUAUGUACAAUAUAUUUGACUCCCAGUGUGUGUGGGAGCCAGAGUACGGCUCCAGCCACCCAGAGAGCCAAACCCACAAACAGCAGGUGUGGUGCCUAGGGAACCUGGGACCACCGGCCCCACGCAGCCAGGCCAGCCAGCGACAGGAACCCCAGAGCCAGGCCCACCGUGCCGCCCGUAAGAGCCAGCAGCAGACCGCAGACAGACACACCCGGCAGAGAACAAGGCACGAGAGAAGCAGGGGACAGCCAGACCUCAAACCAGCAAGAGAUCACACCCCACACGGGCAGAAAGGCAGGAUGCCCUGCACGGGGAGCCCAGAGACUCCCCACAACCGGACGGGAAGACCGCCCCCGCCCCACCAGCAACCGGGCCCCCACGAGCCCACCCCCCACCCCCGGAGAGCGCGGCCCGCCCCCGGCCACCCCACCCAAGCCAACCGCCGCAGCACCGCCCAGCACGGGGCCACGGGAACCACCCACCCCACCCGCAGGGAUCCAACGAUGGAGAUGGAACAACCAGCAACCACCCUGUCGAGUUCUGCCCCUGAGUGAGGGGAAAAAAUAAAAUAAUCUAAUCCCUUUUUGAGAACCGGUUUCCGUUAUCGAAGCCACAAUUGUAAAGAAAAAGAGUUGGUUCUUUAUUCGAAUCCCUGGGAACGAAUCCUGUCCCACAGGAAAUGCCCUGUGGCACGUCCCAGGAAAUGACGUAGCUCAGUCAUUAGGCGGCAGAUACAGAAGCAGCAACAACAUUGGACCGGAAAAAACGCCUCAAGCAUGGCUUCAUUUUACAAAAAAAUACGACGAGGAAACGGCUAUCUGCUAUUAUUGCCAGGCUUCGCUCUCAUGUAUGGGGGGAAGUACAACAAGCAUGUUGAAACAUGUUCAGGCCAUACAUAACCUGAAGGUUAGAGAAAGGUGUCGUGAAGAAGCAGCGACAGAGAUGACGAAGCAAACCCCUCUUCCUCUGCUUCAACCUGCAGCGCCAAUUCCAGUGAUAGUGCUGGACAAGGACGUGCAGUCAUUCCUGGAGGAGGCCACACUGAUGGACCCCAGAAGGAUGUUCCAAUAGCAGCAGAAGUGCACUUUUUGGAGAGCUGUAUUAUUUUCAGUUUUGUGCCCAAGGGACUGAUUUUAUUUAACACUAUAUUAUUUAUACACCUAUAGUGAUCACAGAGACAGGUUGUUUUUGUGUUACUGUAUAUAUUUGUUUUUCUGAAAAAUCCCACUUAAUAUACUUUGGGUAACAACAGUCAAUAUUUAUUUAUUUUAUUUUAUUUUUUUAGGGGGGUAACAACAGUCAGUAUUUAUUUAUUUAUUUUAUUUUAUUUUUUUCUUAUAAAAUAAAAGUGAGCUUUUGUUAAACCAAAUAUUGUUUUGUUUUUUUCCAUAUACAAAAACCUAUCUGGAUUCGAUAAGAGAAUCGAUAAGGAAUCGGUUCGAUAAGAGGAUUCGAUAACGGGCUCAAACUCGAUAAUUUCUUAUCAAACAUCA